AUGAGUAUCACAUGCUUGGUCAGCCAGCUACGCUCUUCUCUCGGCCAUUCAUGUCGAACGCUAUGGUCUUCAGGUACUACUCUACAAGCUCGGCAUAGCUUCAGCACCCAUACACGACUCUUGGAAGUUCACGCCAUAGACACUCUUCCACCUCGUCGGCCGGUCCACUACCAGGAACGUUCCAACAAUGACCUCCUGUCUCUGGAAUGGCCAUCACCUCCCCGCAAUGUCCUCCUCAUCAAAAAGGAUUGUGCACCUGAAACCACGUCAGCGCUUACCGAGUUUGCCUCUCACAUCAACUCGACGUACCCCUCCACCAAUAUCAUAGUCGAGUCCAGCGUCGCAGACGAAGUCUCCGCAGCGCUUCCGUUUCCCAUCUAUGCUGCUGGGUCCACAACCUCCCCUCGCGUCUAUCACCAGCAUGUCGACCUGAUAACCACCUUUGGCGGCGACGGCACUAUCUUGCACGCAGCGUCACUCUUCGCCACCGCCGCACAAGUGCCUCCCAUCCUCUCCUUUGGCAUGGGUACACUCGGCUUCCUCGGCGAAUGGAAGUUCAGCGAGUACAAGCGCGCCUUUCGGGAAGUCUACGUCUCCGGUGCGCUCUCCGAGAGAGACUCGCUGAUCGGUGGCACGACCAAUACCACACGGACAGGCUGGUCUUCGGUGCGUGGUAAGUCGCUCGGCCGUAGCCGUGGCGCCAAAGUCUUGAUUCGCCAGCGGUUACAAAUUGGCGUGUUCGACGCCAACGGGCAGCGACUGGUGGAGAGUGACAACGGCGACGCCGAAUCCAAAGGGGACAUGCAUGCCAUGAACGAGGUGAUCCUUCACCGAGGCAAGGACCCGCAUCUCGCCAUCGUCGAGGUUUACGUGGGCGGCCGCUACCUCACAGAAGCGGUCGCGGAUGGCAUGAUCAUUUCGACACCCACGGGAAGCACAGCCUACAGCCUGAGCAGCGGUGGGAGCAUCAUCCACCCGCUGGUGCCAUCCUUGCUACUGACGCCCAUCUGUCCGCGAAGCCUAAGUUUCCGGCCGUUGGUGCUGCCCGCCGCGACGCCCAUCACGUUGAAGCUCAGUGAGAAGAACCGUGGGCGAGAGGUUGAGCUGAGCAUUGACGGCCGAAGAAGGAGCCAUGGCAUAGGGGUCGGCGCUGAAGUGAGGGUGAGUGGAGAGGAACUGAGGAAAGGGGACGACAACGCAUGGAGAGGCGGAAUUCCGUGUGUGCUGCGGCAGACGAGAGGCGGCGCCGAGGGCGACGAUGGCUGGGUAGGCGGCUUGAAUGGGCUACUCAAAUUCAACUACCCUUUUGGCGAGGAAAGCUGA